UAUGGCAGCGCUCCACCAAUUCAAGUUAAAAUCAUUACACUGGGUGGGCAGUCUAAUGGCCGUUUCAUAUAAUUGCUUCGAUUUCCUCGGCUUUCAGGAGGCUUUGAAGAAGAUGCGUGAUGUCGACGACAAAAUUAUAUAUGCGCUAAAUGCGCUACCUACUGAAUCAUUUAAGGGGCAAAUUAACAGCGGGAGCACUUGCAAAGAUCUAUACGCUAAGCUGGAACAGUCACACACCACGAGGCACGCCGCCAUUACAAAUUGCAUAACUUUAUCUGCUACUCAAUUGAAAGCACUGCGAGAGCAGCAUGAUGCGCAACCAAACGAUGUGGAGACGGAUCAAAAAUUCAAGGCGGAGCAACGAAAAUUACGUGUGCUGCAGGCUGAACUAAAUGUUGAAGACAUUAUAAAGGAGCGCUCCUAUAAGGCAUUCAAUGAACGCUGCAGGACCUUUUUUCGAACUGAACUGAGUCAUUCUCAAACUUAACUAAGCAUUUUGGUCAAACAAUUGCAAAGUGAAAUGAUUGCAAUAAACUGUUUACACCUAAGUAAAAUUGUUAGUUCUAAUUAAAGAAGUACUGCCAACAAAAAAGUUGUUAGCAAAUAUU